UGCACACACGAAGUCGCAGCAAGCGCGCUCGAGCUGCUCUCUCACGGAAAAAGAUGGCGCACUUACUUGUGGGACGGAGCCGUUUGCGGACGACCCGUUCCGUGUGUGUCUAGGCUCCGCGAACACUUUGAGCUGGAGCAGGGAAUCAGUUUUCCCCCGGCCGUCCGCAGUGUGUGCGUUUGCCGUGCGCGUCUCGCCAGACUUGUGUGUGUGUGCUGUCGCCGCCCGCGCGCGCACCCUCCCCCGUGUGUGAGUAGUGCUGGUGCUGGAAAACCAUCUUCCGCGUGGAAAAAGAGGGGUACGCAUUUCCCCGGUGCAGAGAACGCGCGGGUUUUUUUUUGUAUUGGAACAAGUGAGAAAACAAGUGAGAAGAUAAACAAUAGCGAAGAAUCACUCGAAUAGCGAAAUCAUCCAGCAUUCUUGUUCGAGACGGGGCAGAAUCAGUGUGAGCGAGAGCAGAAUAACAAACGAAACAUAUCGCGUAGUUCAGAGAGAGAGAGAGCGAGAGAGCGAGGGCGAAUCUAAGGGGGUGUAUAUUGCGAGUGCGAAGUACCGUGUGGUUGGUGGCCUGGUGUUUGAAUAUGCGAGCUUUUUCAGCGGGUAGUUUUUGAUAAUUACAGCCGGAAGUAGUGAUUCGCCCCAGCGAGCGUGCCAAAAAGAAGAAGAAGAAGCGUAAGAGCAUGUGCUGAAAGAAGAUUUACCUCGGUGGGGAGUUGUUUUUCAGUUCAGAUAUUCGGAAGGCACAAAAGCAAAAAUAAUACGAGAUAUAUAAUAUUUCGCUCGCCGUUCUAAUCUCAAGUUCCUAUCGGUUGCGUGUGUGUGUCUAUGUACACGCGUGUGUUUCGGUGCAGAGUUCUUCGUGCCAAGUGAGAAGGAAAGCAGCGUCGUCCACAUGCUUGGGCUGUAGAAAGUGCACGAGCAGCAGCGCCGUACAACAUAGCAGCAGGCUCAGAAGCAGCAGGUGAAUUUGUUUCUAUGCUUCAGAGGUGGCCAGAGCCACACACAGCAUCCCAACGAGUUGAAAGCGACGAGUGCAUGUGCAACGGGCAAACAAGUGCAACGGGGUGGCGAAGACACGGCGUAACCAGGCGCAGCAAUCAUCAAGAUGGGCCGCAAGAAAGGAUCGGGCAAAGCAAAAUCUACUGGCAGGAAAAACAGUCCAGAUGUUAAACAAGCCGAUAAAAAGGAUGCCAAAAUUAAAGAUGAUCCAGGUGGUGGUGGACGCGGAGGAGGCGGAGGCAAUGGUGGCGUUAAACCCGCUAUGGAAGUAGCAAACCACCGCACCGAAGGCAAAGCGACGUCAGUGAGUCAGCGGCAGCAACAACAGCAACAGCAGCAGCAGCAGCAGUAUUUGUCCACCGCAGCGAGCACUAAGAGUGAUGGUGGCGAGGACCGUCCGAGUCCUCCAGCGGCAGGGGUAGCAGGAGUAGCAGGGGCAGGGGCAGCAGCAACGCAGCAGACUUCCACGACCAACAGCACCACCAACACGAACCUCAAGUACCUGCACAAGAAGUUCAAGCGUAUCGCGAGCGCCACGCUAGCGGAAGAGGAAGAGCCGCAGCCGCAGCAGCAGCAGGCGGCGACUACAACAACAACAACAACAACAACAGCAACAACAACAUCAUCCACAACACCAUCUACCACCUCGUCCACGAGCACCACAUCGAACGGGCGACCCGAUGCCGUAGUAGAUGCCGUUGCGUCAGCAGCUAGACCGUCGGUGGUGUCCACAUGUUCAGCAAACUCGUUUCCCCCAGCCGAGCCGCCGACUACUGCUGCUACGACGCGAUCGUACGAGCCGUCGAGUGUCGUUGAAGCGAGCGUAGCGGACCGAGUCGCUGAUGAAUCGUCGCAAAUUGUGACCGUGAGGACAGGCAGCAGCAGUGGUGAGACGACGGAAGGCAGUGAUCGCGUGCUCUCCGUGCACUCAGGCCCUCCGUCCACCCCUAGUGUUGCGGUGGACAAAUUCGGUCCAUCGCUAGCACCACCACCACCAACACAGCCGUCAGUUGAUAGGGGUGGGGCUCUUAUCGGUAUCACUGCCGCCUUCGAUUAUCACCAGCAGCAGCAGCAGCAGCUCCACCACCAAUAUCAUCAGCUCCAUCCAUCGCUGCAUCCUGGAGUGGCGGCCGUCGCCGCAUUCCCGCCCCAGUCGCUGCUCGUGCAUCCGCACCAUCAGCUGCUCUAUGGCCACCAUCCUCAGGGGCCAUCCGCUGCGCAACAGCAGCACCAACAACAGCUCCAACAUCCAACCAGUGCAAACAGUGUAGCGGGCAGCAGUAGUGCUAGUAGUAGUAGUGGUAGUGCGAGUGGUAGUAGUAAUAGUGUUAGCGGUAACAACAGCGGUAGUAGCAUUAGUACGCACGGUGCCGCGCUGCUGCCACCAGUGCCGGCCGUACCAUCGUCUGGGACGUCGACGUCCCCAAUCGGCGAGAACUGUGAUUUAGAUGUCGGUGCGGUGAAUCGCACCUCCACCCUCGACAAACCGGUCGGCGGGGUGCAGUACGUGGUGAGCUAUCCGCCACCGUCCCAGCCCCACCAUCUUCCCCAUCAUCACCCUUCCGCAUUGCUGUACGUGAACGGAGCAGCAGGUGGUGGUGGUGGCGCUAUUACUCCGAUCCCGGUACGGUCGGCCAUUUCUUCGUCUUCCGGUGCGUCCUCGGGCUCCCCGUCUCCACCGACGGCCGGGUCCGGUACGCUUUUGAGCACCAAUACCACCGCGAACAGCAACAACGCCGCGGCAGCAUCGACGACGACCAUUAUCAGCUCCAACCACGCAUCGCCGACGGUGGCUGCGAACAGUAGUGGUCCGGCGACCGUCACCGUGACACCCACGGGCCGGUACGUGUGCCCGUACUGUUCGAUGAACUGCAGCAAACCGUCCGUGCUGGAGAAACACAUCCGACGGCACACGAACGAGCGGCCAUUCAAGUGCGACCUGUGCGGGAUCGCCUUCAAGACCAAGAGCAAUCUCUAUAAACACCGCCGCUCCCGUGCACACGCAUCGAAAAGUCAGGGCGAAGAUCCUUCCAGUUUGGGUCUGCUGGACGAGGACGGCGGUUCGCUUGGCGGGUCGGAUAUAGACGAUAAGGAGCUCAGCAACAGUGGAUCGGAAAUCAUGAACUAUCGAGGAUCUCCAAUGGACGAUCGGGUCAACUCGCCCCAGCAAUUGCUGCUGGAGAAGCCGUACAAACCGAAGUUUCACAAUGCCGCACUGUAUACCCGGGCUGAUGGUAAGCCGCAUAUAGGACUUACUUCCGCAUCGCACCAACCGUCUGUAGGAUCGUCAUCGGCACAUGGAGGAGGAUCGUCUAAUGCUACGGCCUCGACAGUACCGCAUUAUCUGAACGGCCAGAACGUGGAAUCACUGGAGCAACACAUCUCCAAGCUGAUCUCGCAGAACGAAGCCAUCGUGGAGGUGGUAGAAGCACCGCUGCAGAAAAAGUACCACAAGAUAACCGGCAUCAGCCGUGGCAUUUCGGUAAGCGGCACAAGCACUCCCGGAUCGACAAGCACUACCGUUUCAUCCAACAUUAGUCACGGCGGUGGAGUCGGUUCCAGCAAUAGUGCAAUCGUUCCGAUUCAACAUGCCGCCGCUAGUCAAGACAGUGCGUCCUCUCGUUUGGCCAAUGCGCUGCUACAGAAACGACAAACUGAAGAGUUGCAACAGCUGCAACUGCAACAGCAGCAACAACAACACCUACUACAUGUUCAACAGCAACAUCAUCAACAGCAGUACAUUAACUACGUACAACAUCAACAUCAGCAGCAACAGCAGCAGGCACAGCCGAAUGUGAUAAACUUGACCAGCAAACCGGGCGUGACGCCGAAAUCGAUGGUCAUUUUACAGCAGCAACAGCAGCAGUUGCCUCCGACGCACGGGUCGUUGAUUGCCCUCGGAGGCAUCCCUCCGGCAGUUGGCAGUCAGCUGCAGCAACCGCACGAUUUAUCGAACGAACCGCACGAUAACGUGGCGCUGACCGGUAGUAACAGUUCCUCGAUGAGCCAUGCAGCCAACAAUUAUCAGCCACUGAAUCUUACUAAAGCCAACACGGCCGAACCAGUGCCGACCAUCGCUAGAGCAACGAAUCCUACACCAUCGCCAAGCGUGUCUUCGUCCUUGCUAGUAGCGAUUCCUGCACCCACGCCACCGGAAGACGCGCCAGACGCAAUUCAGCAUCAGCAGCAGCAGCAGCAUCAUCCUUUGCCUCCGUACCGCAAACGAACACGCGAACCAUCGCCAGUCGUCGUAGCGAGCAGCUCUUCCCAUCCUGCUGCCAUGUCUUUACCCGUGUCGACGGUAAGCAACACUUCCACGGUCUCCGUUGCGUCUAGCAGUAGUUCCGUUGCAUCGCAACCCCCUCACGUUCCGCUACACAUUCAAGUACCGACAGUACCAUCGACUCAGCUAACGUCUGCCGAUCGGCCCCAUCGACCGACACCAACGCCGACGCCACCACUGACGGUAGCCAACCAUCCCCAAAAUCCCGAACGCUCGAUCAUCAAAGAUCUGCUGCUAAACUCGCGUGGCUUUGGCGUGGUACAGAACCCGGACGGUGAGAAUGGUGAAAACCUGUACACCUGCAAAAUGUGCAACUGGUCCUUCCGCGACGUAGACUCGCUAAAGUACCACAUGAUCUGCUACUGUCAGGGUAGCGGCAGCAGCCUGAACAGUCCAUCCGCUUCCUCCAGCGCACCGAUCAGCCCAGUUGGUUCGCCGUCGGCUGCGGCUGCCUCCUACAUCCGCUCGCGGUCCGUGAGCAGCUUGAAAAAUCUAGCCCGUUCUUCGUUAAAUCCGCCCGGCCGCAAUCCAUCGUCACUGUGUAAGCUUGCCAAAUCGCAACUCACGCGUCCGAAGGUGAAACCGGAUAACAUUUCGCUUCCCGCGGCCGAUUCACCGUCUUCCUCGUCGAGCUCAUCGCAGACGGCUGGUCCUGCGGCUUCGGGGUCGAAAGGUGGCUUCGUUGAAACGGUUCAAAAUCCUCUACCCUCACCGGGACCACUGCUCGGCAACACACGCUUGGUGGAGAGUGGAAAGUCACCGCGUAAAGCCGCCUCUAGCGGCGAGGCAAGCGAAGGCUCUUCGAAGCGGAUGCGAGUAGCUAGCUCGGUUGAACCUUCAACUUCUUCUGCGAUCGUGUCUGGCAGUGCAAGCAACACUCUUCAGCUGUUUGGAGGAGAAGUUGAGGUGGUUGAACGUUCGCGUGAAGGUGAGUCAAAACCGAACGACGCUGCAACAGCACCUGCCAACGUGCUGCGCUAUGGAUCGGGAGGAACGUUUAUGCAGUACAACAGCGGCGCCGAGCUAGAAGACGACGAGUCUCGUCAGCGGGAGCUGCACUUCCGUCGAACCCUACACUCUGGUGGUACGCUUGUGGAGAUUGCAAAGCAACAGGAAAUGCCCCCAGCGCCUCGACCCCGUUCAAACACGGCCGUCGCACCGAAGCCAGUGGCAGCACCGCCAACACAUUUCCAUUUUCCACCCAUCAAUUCAAUCACAGCGUACAAUCCGCUAACGCUGCCAGCUGCUCCAGCCCCGGGACAAGCAUCGCAGAUAGUGCACGGUGGGAAGCUGAUACCGUUCGUUCAGGGUAUGCCCGGACCGAACACGCUUUCCUCCGCCGGUGCGCAGAUGGAGCUGAUGCCACCGACGCGUACCAGCCAAGCGGGGCCGAACACACAAUCGCUGCUAACCAUUGUGGUACCGGGAGCGAACGGUCCAGCCAACAGUGGCCACGACUCGUCAGCAAUGCACUACAAAACGCCACACCAAAUGGCAAGUUCCGCCUCGUUGCUAGCUACCGUUGGAUCACGCGGUCCGUAUGCGGUCACAUCAGUAGAACAAGCACCUGCGCCACCACAACCACCGGUCGUUCCCGUGUCGCUGGAACCGCCAAAGAAAGCGCUCAAGAAUGGUCUCACCCGGUCGGAGAUAUGGUCACCGGCGAAGCAACAGUCGCUUGAAUUCAGCAGUCCUUCACCGCCAGCUCCGAAGAAGAGCUUCAACUUUACGCGCAUGGCCGAUAAUAUCAGUCCGCGUAAGAAGGAGACGGUGACUGCAACGAAAGCCGACGAGGUUCGUCACUUCCACUUCGACUCGGUCAUUGCCAAAUCGGACAUACUGAUCAAACCACCGCCACCGCCACCUCCACCACCUGCCGUUGUAUCGCAGGAUGGAAGCUCUUCGGCCUCACAGGACACCGGUCUUCCAGCGCCCCCUUCCAAACCGAACCGAUUCCUGCGACCGAACACGUUGCCCCUCAAGCCAGGGACGUUCACGCCGAAGCGACAUCAUGGUAUUACCCCUACCAACAACACGAUGCCCCUGAUCUCGCCCGAGACGCCGCGCCCGUCGAAGAGCUGCCGGGAGCUUUACUUCAACGGCCACGCGUACACCAACAUCGGGCUGAAGUCGAGCACGAAACCGUUCUACUGCACAGUCAACAAGACGCAACCGUUCUGCUUUCAGACGCAGAAGCCACUGUCGAUGUACAGCAACUGGCAGGUGCAUCCGGAGAACGAUCCCCAUCCGCUCGGGCUGAAGCAGAUCACUGUGAUGUCACUGUACGACUCGAACCAGCACCGUGAUCGACGGUAUGCUAUUGCAGGGCCAAAGACCGUUCCAUUGACUGUCGUAAGCAGCAGCAGUAGUAGCAGUAGUAGCAGUGGUGGCAGCAGCAGCAGUAAGCACAUUGGAGCUGCCGCUCUGUCCUCUUCGUCACCUUGCGUUCGUGUCAGUCCGGUAGAGGUUAAAUCCAACGUGCCCUGUCCACCAAGCUAUGUGCUGGCAGCCCUGGCAUCGCAACAGCCAAACAAUGCAAACGCAUCGACGCCCUCGUCUACGCUCGGUCAGUACGAUCAGCACCGCCGAUCACUGUCACCGUACAGCGAAAAGUCGAAACAAUCGGACGUGCUUACCGGGGGCGGUGGUGGCGAUGGUGGGGCAGUGGAUAGAUCAUCGUCCCGUCAGCAGUCACGCAGUGCCUCGGCAGAGCGGGCUUUGUCCGGUGGGUUCGAAAGCACCGAGGAGUACACGUACGUCCGUGGUCGAGGUCGGGGCAAGUACGUCUGCAACGAGUGUGGCAUCCGCUGCAAGAAGCCAUCGAUGCUGAAGAAGCACAUCCGCACGCAUACUGAUGUGCGGCCGUAUUCGUGCCAGUAUUGUAGCUUCCAUUUCAAAACGAAGGGCAAUCUGACGAAGCACAUGAAAUCGAAGAGUCACUACAAGAAGUGCACGGAGCUGGGAUUGAAUCCGGUGCCGGUGCACGUAGACGACGAUGGAGCCGAUAUCGACAUUGAGGGUGAUCAACAAUCGAUAUCCAGCGAGCGCACGUCGACGAUUCCGGGCGAUUCGGAUACAGCAACGGAUAGUGACGGCGACGAUACUGAUGAUAGUGAGGAACUGAAGAGCCGUCUGCCAGAGCACGAGGCUGCCGAAGGAUUGUUGUCGCUUUCGAUGACACGUCCCACGUCGGCCUGCAGUAGCCUAGAAACGGGCCCACAACCAGGUGCUCCCGGGGGUGGUGGAGGCGAACCCGAAGCAGCUGCAGCCUACAUAACUCAGCACAUCAAUUCGUAUCUCACACCGGAACAACAGCAACGCCAUGGUUACGCCGCUACAGGGUCUCCGAAGCCUCGCGCUCAAUCGCCUUCCGUUGCAGCAAAGUCCGAUCCACCGAGGCGCAUCAUAACGUACGGCGGUGGACCAAAGCUUGAGUUCAAUCUGCUAAAACACGAACAGUACUAUUCGGACCCCAAUGUGGGCAAACGCAGACGCGACGGAGAUCGAUCCUUCCCGUCGGCUAGUGAUGAAGCGGCAGCGCAAGCCGGGGACGCGGAUGACGAGGAUGACACAGCGCGACCUAUUGAUCUGACGAAGAAGCCGCGCACACAGUCGGUGGUACAACAACCUUCUGCCGCUUCUGCACCGCAUCAGUAUGAUCGGGCUCCGCCGCAACCGCUCGCCAUGGUAACGCCGUUACAAUCGCAGCAAGCUCCAAUAGAGCUACACCGCCAAACGGCUCAAAUUCGGUACGAUCGGGAACAAAUACUGCAACCCCAUCCGGUAGCGUACGAAGAGCGUCAUCCUGUACAGCAGCAUCAACAGCAGCAGCAGAUUCAUCACCACCAACAGGUGAUAGUGCGUGUUUCGGAUGUGCUGGCGCCAAUAACCGGUGCAGCCAAUCUGCUAACGACGCUCGUGUCAAACACGGACAAAAUCCCGUUCGCAAUGGGACCGUUCGAACCGACCGGAGGGGCAACACCCGGCGGUGCCGGUGUCGAUGAGAAUGCAUACUUCCACGAGUACUUGAAAGAGCGUGCACUGCAGGACACCCGCAUCAAGCAGAGUCAGAUGAAACCGAGCACAAUUGCUGGAGGCAUCGCGAUGCGUGACAGUCAUCUGCAGGAUCCACUGGCGAAUCAUUCGAUACACGAGGAGGUGUACAGGAUUGUUCCACAGGUGGCUGUUCCGAUCAUUGCCGCAAAGGCUACACCACCACCGGCAGUAAUUCCACCACCUGCCUUAGGCGCUACAAUACCUCCCAGCUGCCCACCGACUCCCACCAGUGUAGCAAACAGUGCAGUUUCGGUUGCUGCUCCGACAGUUGCAACGACAUCCACCGAGCGCGUGUAUCGAAUCUUCAGUGGAAAGAACGAGCGUCAUCGAGCGUCACCACUGGCCGUGGAAAGUGUAGCCCGUACCGAAGCGAAGAGUCCCUCAUUGGCACUUGUGGAGCAGGAUAAAAACAAACCGUCCGGUGAGAUAGCUGUGCCUUCCAGCAUCCCGACCGUUGCUUCCUCCCGCAAUGACUGUCCGCUGGUGUCGGAGAAUGCCUCACCGAUGGACACACUGGCCGAAAUAGCAGCGGGCUCGGUAAAACUCGACGUUACACGAGCGCAACCGAUCGUCGAGCCGGAACCAACGGCCACCUCGCGUCCUAGAUGCAACAGUACAAAUUCUACCAGCACAAAGGUACUGCCAACAGUCCCACUAGUGCCUGAAAGUGCCAAAACGCUCGCUUCCGAGUACCUGAAGCUGGCUCAAGCGGUGACAAACGUACGCAAGCGUACCGAAAGUGAAAGCGCCGUGGGAACGCUCGGAACUGCCGGCUCUUCUGACCAGGAAGCGGUGUCGGACGGUGUACCAACCUCGGUACCUUCUGUCGCUGCUUCUACGACAGCUCAGCAACAGCCAUCAGCCGCCGGCAGUCUUCUACCACCAGUUCCGCCGACAGUUGCUGGACCGGCGCAAGGAGGAAGCAGCACGGGCGACGUCGGCGCAAGUCUCGUUGCCCCGGCCCGUAAGGUGGUGGUGGUCGGUGAGGAAAGCUUCAAGACGGCCGGUGUUCGAGGUGGCGCGGGUGGUGAGUUUGUCGGCACACCGCCGACCGCCUUCACGCCCAUGCACCAGGAAGAUGGUGGCCGGCCGGUGUGCGAGAUCUGCAACAAAAAGUUCCACAAGCUGUCCCAGCUGAGCAUUCAUAUGAACAUCCACUACAUGGAGCGGAAGUAUCGGUGCGAGCCGUGCGGUACCAGCUUCCGGUCCCAGGGGCUCUAUCUGAAGCACGAACGUUCGGCGACGCAUCGCAACAAGGUGUCGAUGACGACUACGUUUGGCGUGGCGACGGACAGCAACCCGCGGCCGUUCUAUUGCCGGGACUGUGAGGUCGGGUUCCGCAUUCACGGCCACCUGGCGAAGCAUCUGCGCUCGAAGAUGCACGUGCUGAAGCUGGAGUGUCUGGGCAAGCUGCCGUUCGGGACGUAUACCGAGAUCGAGCGGUCCGGCACGAAUCUGACCGAGAUCGACACAUCGGACUGUGAGAAUUCGUUGUCCAGCCUGAAGCGGCUCGCGACGCGCCUCAAUGUGAAGGAUCCGGCAAAGGUUCUUCCCGGUGGAGGCGGAAAUGGAUCGCACGGAGGUGGUAGCAGCAGCAGUAGCAGCAGUUCUUCCAGCAGUAGUGGUGGCGCUGGCACAGCCGGGGGCACGAGCGGGAACGAAACGGAUAGCUGUGAAGAUAACGAAGAAGACGCGGCCCAGCCGUCGCUGUUGAAUGCGAAUGGGGUGAAUGGCAGUGCUGCUGCUGAACGGGACGACGACCAGCGCAACAUAAACAACAAUGUGAAGCGAAAAGCCGACGACAAGCCGGGCUCGGAUGAGGCGGCCACCGAGAUGAAACGGGCUCGAUAUGGAGCGGAAGGAAUGGAAGGGGGUGUGUCGGUACUGCAGCAAGCUCCCGUCGGCGGUACCUCGAACCAUGCUCUGUCGGUAGAGGGAGCUGCGGCGAAUAGCAAUUGCUAGCAUCGUCCAAGUAGGCAUGCGGUUGGAUGAGGCAACACCAGUAACUAUGACUACUACUACUACUACUAAUGAUUAGUACAAGCACCACCACCCCCACUGCAUGCGAAGAGAAGGAAAAGUGGUGUUGGUGGUGGACCGUGAUGCAGUUUUAGUUCGAUAAGUAACUAUGUGUAACUAUAGCGUUUUGUGCCAAGCAAACCAUGAAGUGGAUUUUAAUUGCGAGUUUAGUGAUUACUUUAGCGUGGUAGUGUUUGGGCGAAAGGGCCCCGGACACGUUGAUUUGAUCAAUCUGUUGUCGAAUAGUUUUAUAGAAGAAUAGGGGACAACACAAACACACACACAGAAACAUAAAAACAGCCAAGAAAGGUCCGGUUUUUACAAAAGGUAGAAGAUAUGUAAUACCCCUGCGCGUUUAGAUUUCGAAUCUGAAAACAUAGCUAGAACCACCACACGAAGUACGUAAAGAAGCAGCGAAUUGAAACAAGUUAUCGAGAACCAAGGAGACCUGUCUAGUAGAAGAAACCGAACAGCUCGAACAGGAGAAGCGAAGCGGUACAUGAAGUAAAAGAGAAACUAAACAAAGUGAAGCAUAUCGUUUAUUAACCCACUCUCGGAAGUAGAAGGAUGUACCAGAGCAUAGUAGUGUAGCGGAAUGUCCGUUUUUAACUAUGAGAGUAUUCUUGUCGUGUGGCGGGAUCGAUGUAUGCUCACACGAAUCUGAAACCACCACGAGGAUUUGCAGACCAACGUAUAUACAUCUAUUUUCUUGAAUAACUCCUGAUAUAGAGAGAGAGAGAGGAUACCAACUACCAGGUACACACUUAUAUAUAUAUACAUACAUACAUACAUAUAACAACGUACAUCUAAUCCAAACUUUAUAUACAAGAAAUGCGUAUGUACCAAUUGUAUACAACUAUUUUUAUACGGGCAUACCUGGUUUUUUGCGUUCCAUGCUCUCACCUUGGCUGAGAAGGGGAGCUUUUAUUUUGGUACAACAGUUUAGAAACAAACAAAAAACAACCUACAGAACAGUUUUUUGUAUUUUUGUACCUCCAGUUCGCGCACACUCUUUGCGUGUGUGGAAAAUUGAACAUUCACUGUCCACCCAGUGGGCUUCGGUCUUGUCUAGCAUAUCAGAAACACUUGAACGACCACAAAUAAGAAAUCUACAUGAUGAUUGAUGAUCAUGAUGAUAGGUAGAGAUGAUAUAUUAUUUUAUCGCACUUUUUUUUUUAUUUUCCCUCGAUGCGAUGCGUUUCAACAGGCUGGGAACUGUGUUUGCUUGUUUUCGAUUCUGUUUUUUUAAAUAUAUUUGUCUUCCAUAUGCACUUGGUGCAAAGCCCAUAACUCGCUGACUCGCUGGGUUUAAUUUGUUCGGGUUAGGGAACGUUGUGAAGAAAGUUCGUUCCUUUCCGUUCCGUUCUGUGGGAAGGCCAAUCAUUUCAUUUUGGGCCAACAUUUCAUCCGGGUUUCUUCGUUUUUCGGUAUAAUGAUUGUAGUUCGACACUGGAAAGAGGAGCUCUAGUAAAGUGCAGCACACAUACACGCCACGCCAUAUUAAAUCUAAACGUAAUAUCAAAAAAGGGUUACACACCUGUGCAAAACGAUGUAAGAAGGAAGGAUAGAGUGUGUGUAAAAUAAAACUAGCCACGAAACAAGUUAUGCUAGCGUAAUCGGUAAGCAUUAAACGUUAAACGAUUAUAAAACAACAAAAAAACGUGUCAAAACUGGAAAUGAAUGGAACAAAAUGAUAUAUAUAGAGGUUAAGCAAUAGAAAAGAUAAAAAGUGGUAGAUAAUAAGAAACUCUACUGAUUGAUUUUUACACAAACACAAUACGCGCGAAUUUAUAGGCGCAUCACGAGCAGCAAACAGACAGGAACAAUAGACACAGAAGUGGAGAAGGAAAAACCCGAUCAACCGAUUGCUUCCAGUGCAGGCAUACCUUUUUUGUAAUCGUUUAUUUAUCACGAAACCUUCCCGAAAAGAAAAACAAAUUUCAUAAGAAAACGUACACUUUUUUAUUAUUACAAGGUAACAGAGGGAACACACCACACCACUCUGACUGGUUAAACCACCUGAAGCUCGGAGUGAUGCGACAGUGACCCAGUCCUGGCCACAAACAAGAGAGGAUAUAUACAACCCCGGGCAUACACGUAUAAUAUACAGAACAUACACACAUUUUGUAACACGAAAAUUACACACCUGCUCUGUCGCUGAUGGAUGGGUUUGGUUGAAGGACUUUCCUCAAAAUCAGUGACGAUACAGUAGAAAAGUAAAAGAAAAGAAAAAACAAAACGAUAACACAAGAAUGCAUCCUAUCAGCUAAGCCCCAUCUUUCUAUUGUAUAAGUGGAUUUAAAUGAUAUAUACAGAAAAAUCGAACACUCGCCGUGGUUAAAACAGAAUAUACGAAAAGAAAACAAAAA